GGAAUUUUUGGUGCCGUGGCGGAGGACUUUGGGUCUUGCGUCAUUCAAGUCUUUGGGACGAGGGUGCUCGACCUGAUCGCCGACUGGCAAAAGAUUGGAAAUCACGAAAAAAUAAAGAGCUCGCUGGUACCUCAGUUCACAUACACCAAUUAAAAAUUGAAGGUAGUUCUCUAGGAAUUGGAAUUGGAACGGUCAAUGGUGGUUCACUCAAUGCUGGAUUAGUAACAUCAGUAAAAAGAUAUCAAGAAGAAAGAAUCUCAAAAAAAAAUCGCAAAGUUAUUAAUACACCACAAACAGAAAAUGAUGAGUUUGUACCUGUUGAAACUGGUAUUGAAUCGGAUGCUGACGAUGAAAAAAAAGAAUUCAGAUAUAAUCUUAGAAGUAAUAAAAGAAAAAUUAUGCUGAGGACGCUUUAUCAGUUGAUGAAGGAUUUGGCUCGAUGUUUAGCAGAAGCGGAUAUUAUCAAUAUAAGUUCGAAUAACCCUCCAAUAAAUAAAGAAUUUUUCGAUAGAUUAAAGGAAACAGCACAAUCCCAACCUCCACCCCAUGUUAAGGUUAAUGGACUUAAAAAGUGGAUACAAGAAAACUACGAUCGUAAAAUAUCUACCACAAUAUCAAAUAUUCGAUCAGUAACGACUAUUGAAGAUUUUGAUACAAAACAGGUUGAAUUUAUAAAACGAAUAUUAGAGAUCAAGCUCAUGCAAUUUCAAGCCGGACAUGCAGAUGGUAAAUCAAAUAGAAAGAACAAAUGUAUAAACCCAUAUUGUUUACUUGAUUUUCCUUCAUCUAAAUGGCAUCGUGAAAUGGUUUACCACGAUAGUAGUGCCUCUGCACGUAAAGCAGAUGGCAUCCUUUUUAAUUAUGAUAAUACCAGUCAAGAGUUCCUGCUUUUUGAGAACAUUCAAUAUGCAAAACUUUCUGGAAUGGAAACAGAGACAUAG